AUGGGUGCGGCGUGCUGCAAGCCCGAGGCGAUCGACUUUGACGCCGAGGUCAACCUCUUCCACUUCUACCUCUUGCGCAGCGUGGGCAAGGGCGCGUUUGGAAAGGUCCGUGUGGUUCAGCAUAAACAGUCCAAGACACUGUACGCGCUCAAGUACAUCAACAAACAAAAAUGUGUCAAGAUGAAGGCCGUGGCCAACAUUAUCCAAGAGCGCAGGCUACUCGAAGAGAUUGACCACCCGUUCGUCGUCAACAUGCGAUACGCGUUCCAGGACGACGAGAACUGCUUCUUCGUUCUGGACCUCAUGUUGGGAGGCGACCUGCGCUUCCACCUCGACAGGGCAGGCGCCAUCUCCGAGGAAGUCGUGCGGUUCUACGUAGCCGAGAUUGCCUUGGCGGUUGAUUACCUGCACUCGAAGCGGAUCGUGCAUCGCGACCUCAAACCCGACAACAUUCUCCUCGACGAGCGCGGACACGCACACAUCACAGACUUCAACAUUGCUGUGCACUUUUCAGAGCGACGUCUCUUGACAGGAGUAGCAGGCAGCAUGGCGUACAUGGACGAAGGAGAAGAAAAGUACCAGAAUGGGUGGUUUGCUCACACUGCCUCCCUUACAGCGCCCGAGGUUCUCACCAAGCGCGGUUACUCUGCCCCGGUAGACUUUUGGUCGUUGGGUAUUCUCGCGUACGAGCUGCUGUUUGUGCGACGACCAUUCCGCGGCAAGACAAACCCAGCACUCACCAAUGCCAUCCUCCACGAGCCUCUGAUGUGGCCCGAAGAUGCACCGAGCCGAUGCUCGUCAGAGGGCAUGCAAGCGAUCCGAGCGAUGCUGGAGCGCGACCCCAACAAGCGUCUAGGAUGGCGCCCCGGAGGCGGCGGCUUUGCCGACAUCAAGGCUCACCCUUGGUUUGCAGGAAUCGACUGGGACGCACUCUACAACAAGCAAGUGGUGCCACCAUUUGAACCUGAUUCCAAGCGCGCCAACUUUGACGCCACUCACGAGCUCGAGGAGCUGUUACUGGAAGAGAACCCGCUCAAGGCGCGUAAACGCAAGACAGAUACAGACACCGCCGCGCUCUCUCCAGAAAUGCGCAUGAUGGAAGAACACUUCACCAUGUUUGACUACGCCCGGACACAGAGGCGGUCCUACUACCAUCCACCGGGAUCACAGCCUGGUGCCCGUGCGCGCCCCGCUGUGCCCCAGAUGCCGUCACAACCACAACCUCAGUCUGCGCAGCAGGCCCUCGGUGACAAUGGUCCUCCUUCACACGCUCCGUCCCCUGCGUUUGUUUCCAGCGCAACCGAGUUAUCCCACCUCCCCUCACGGCCAUACACCCCUGGAAGUGACCGCGCCCAUACCGUCUCGCGCACGGGAGACCACAUCGAGCAGCAAAUCAUGGAGGGUGGAGGGCUCGCCAACAUUGGCUCCCGUGACUGGGCAAAGCAACUCGACCACGAACCUGUGAAUGGCGAUGACACAGUCGAACACAACCACAACGGUCACGGCCAUGGUGCGCCCAUCGUGUUGUGA